GGCAGAGAGGGAUGGAUGAGUAGGUGCAGCAGAGAGGAGGGAGGAAGGAAGGGAGUGGAGGAGGAACAAUUGGAGACGGAGAGGAGAAACCAGCCUUUUAAAAGGCAGAUUAACACGGGCAGAAUCUUUCAUUCUGAAGGAAAUCACACACCUGUGCACACACACACACACACACACAUUUUUUGGGGACUAUGGCUUCGACCACGUCUGGUGAUGUUCUGCCCACAGGUGGCAGGAUCUUCACCUCCAUUCCUGACAUCUUCUUCAUCCCAGAGUGGGUGAUUGGAGGUUUGGUGUGGAUCCUGGUGGCAUCGACCCGUGUGAACCCAGACAACCCUCAGGGUUGGGUGAUGUUCGUGUCUGUCUUCUGCUUCGUCUUCACCACACUCUGGUUCUUCAUAUUCCUCUGUGGAGGCAAUCAGAGCGGCGUCUGGCCCUCGUUGGACGCUGGGUAUCAUUUUGUGGCUGCGGUUUUCUACCUCGGAGGGUCUGUGGCCUUGGCCAUCGUCACCAUUGAAAAAGCAGCUAUUGUCAACAUAUUGUCCACAGCAGAAAGUCUUAAAAUCUAUCGGCUGGACAUCGCUGCAGUGGUGAUGUCCUACCUGGCCCUGCUUCUUUACUUCCUCCACGCCAUUUUCUCUGCCAUCCGAUGGAAGAGGUCCUAAAACCACAACACCUGACCAAGAAAAACCAAGAGCGACAAAACGGAGACAAAAUGAAUCAACGAAUCAACGGCUGAACUCCUGUUGGAAUAAAAAAACAAAGAAUGACAUUUGUGGUUUUCAUGAAUUCAGCUCAGUGAUAAGGAGUAUGUUUUUUGUUUUUUUUUUCAUCAAUGCAGUAAAAAGUUGAAUCAAAUCAUUAAUGAAAAAUGAGCAGUUGGUCAACAUGAACACGGCAAGUUCUUUAGUACCGUUAAUGACUUUUUACAAUUGACAUCAUUGUCGUCUGAUUUCAAUUAGUGAGUCAGCAGAUUUUUAUAUUUAUACAUUUGAAAAGGUAGUUAGAAAUCAAUGUGCCAAAAUUAUAGAAAGCAGAUGUUUCUUCUUCUUUUCUUCCUUCACAGUAACUUCACCAGAACUUUAUUGAUAAAAUGUUGAUACUUGAGUUUUAAGGAUCCCAAAACCUUACACAAUUAAAAAUAAAUGAAAAAAAUAUAUAAAUUCCAUAAAGAUCACACUUUUUCAAUAGUAGAUAAAUCGAUCUUAGAUGGCAAAAAUAAAUCAGUAAACUAAAGGUACAUUUCUUUAAUUAAUGUUCACAAUAAGUUAAUAAGUUAAUAACAAACCUUGCUCUUAGUUACCGUGGUCCACAUCCCGCUGAUGAUUAAUCCAUUUUGGAGCUGAUUCAUUUCUCACAGCCUGUUUUUUUUUUUUAACAUAUUUACAAUGAUAUUGUAAUAGUACUUGUUGAAGACAUCACUGUUCUCAUCGAGUCCCCGGGAAAUUUUAAAUCUGUACAUAUUUAAAAUUAUUUCAUUUUAUUUCACACUAUUCAUUUCAAAUUUUCAAAUAUUUUUUUCUUGUCGUUCACAUGUUAAGGUUGAGCAACUCAACUUGUUACCUCGACACACAACGAGGCGUUUUAUAACACCAUUAAAAUUUUAUGUCAUAAAA